AUAACUUAUAUUAUUUUAAAAGUGAACAGACGGUUUCAGAGAAACACCACGUAUUUUAAGAUUUUGUGUUGUUGCAUUUUUUAUCUUCGAUUUCACUCGGUUCUGGUUCAACUGUCAUUUAUAGGGUUAUCUUAAAGACUGAAACAUCGCCAUGCUUGCCAGAAACAGAAUCGCUUUUUUAAUACAAAACUCGCAGAACGGAAUUAUCGCACUUCUUCCAAACUCUUUAGGAAAUAAGAGAACCUACAGUGUCCAAUUGAAUAAUCCCAGAAAGAGAAACGUAGUCCGAAGUAAUGAAAGACUUGGGCAGUUUGUGAGAAACCUUGGAAGUGGAAUUGUCAAGUCUCCCCUAGGAGACAGUGAACCGAUACCAAAUUCAAAUUUAGUAGAGUAUGUAUUUGGAAAAAGUGAUGAAUGGGGCGACGAAAUAGCUGCAACAUGUGCGGUAUCAGGCAGAAACUAUACCUUCAGUAUGCUGAGGUUUCUCGUCAACAGAUUUGCUCAAGCAGCUCUAUCUCAUUGCGCAAUGAAACCAAGAGAGGUAGUUGGACUUUUAUUACCGAAUAUACCUGAAUUUGUAAUAGUAUGUCAUGGAGCCAUGGAGGCCGGACUGGUAGUGACUUUCGUUAAUCCUUUGUACACACCUGAUGAAAUAAAAAGGCAGUUUCAAAACGCUGGCGUUAAAAUGAUUAUCACCGUACCAUUAUUAUUAGAAGUAGCGACAACGAUAGCUCCUUCAUUAACAGGUUAUAGAACUACAGUUUGUAUUGGGGGAGAUGACGAUGUAACAAAGAAUGUAAAUGGAUUAGAAAGUUUACUUAAAGCUGGACACGAAAGCGAAUUGCCAGGAAUAAACCCUAGAGAGUUGGCGCUACUUCCAUAUUCCAGCGGGACCACAGGAUUGCCUAAAGGUGUAAUGUUGUCCCAUUAUAAUUUAGUGGCCAAUUUAGUACAGGGAGACAGGGAUGAUUUGAUAGCGAGAAAAACAAAAGCUGGAGAACGCCACAAGGUCCUUUCUGUACUACCCUUCUUCCACAUCUUCGGUUUUAACGGAAUUUUAAACAUAGUUCUUAGAACCGGUAAUCACAUGAUUACAAUCCCGAGGUUUACUCCGGAAGACUAUGCUAAAGCAUUGGAAAAUUACCGUCCAUCAUUUCUUUUCGUUGUUCCUUCGUUACUUCAGUUCCUGGCAUCGCAUCCUGCAAUCACCAAAGAACAUUUAGCCAGCGUGGAAGGCAUUCAGUCUGGGGCAGCGCCGUUAACGGAAGGACUUUUGCAGAAAUUCAAAGCCAAACUUGAUAAUCCAAAUGUAAUGAUUAAACAAGGAUAUGGAAUGACUGAAAGUUCGCCGGUGACCUUUAUCAUGCCGAAAAUGACACCACCAUCAAAAAUUGGCACCAUAGGGGUAUUGUAUCCCAGUACUGAAGCCAAAGUUGUAUGUUUAGUGACGGGGAAAACGUUAGGCACCCAUGAAUCUGGAGAACUGUUAGUCAGAGGGCCACAGAUUAUGAUGGGUUAUUUGAAUAACGAGGCUGCUACCGCUGAAACUAUUGAUAAGGAAGGAUGGCUGCAUACAGGAGAUGUAGUUUACUAUGACGAAGAUGGGUAUUUCUAUAUUGUAGACAGGUGUAAAGAGCUUAUAAAAGUCAAAGGAAAUCAAGUAUCGCCGACAGAGCUAGAAAAUCUCAUAAUGGAAAUCGAAGGAAUUGCUGAUGCAGCCGUUGUGGGAGUUCCAGAUACUCUAGCAGGAGAGGUUCCUAGGGCAUAUGUCGUGCGACUUGCCAAUGCCAACAUCAACGAAGAAGAUAUUCAAAGAUGGGUGAACGGCAAAGUAUCUCAUUACAAGAAAUUAGUAGGAGGUGUGAAAUUUGUCGACAUUAUCCCUAGAAAUCCUAGUGGAAAGAUUCUUAGAAACGAAUUGAAAUUAAAUUGAGUUUAAUACUAAAUGAUGGAUGAAUAUUAUGAUAUCGCAAAAUAUUCGUUUAUUUUCGUAUGGAUGGCAGAUUGAAAAUGUAAUUUUAGAAAACUGGACUGCAAUUAAGAAUUGAUAGUUUAAAUUAAAAAAGAGAUUUAAAUAAUAUAAAAUAAGUGUUGUGCCCUGUUUGAUACUAUAUCGUACUGUGUCUGUCUUACUAUUUUAUUGUUGUAAAAUUUUACUUAAUUUUUAAACAUCAUUCAACCUUCAAAAUGUCCUAAAAAAAAUUUGGUUGCAAUGUAUUGAAAUUAUAAAUUUUAUUUAUUGGGUAAAUCUAUUCUCAACAUUGAAUACAAAUUUUUCUUUCUUUUUGUUUUCUUAACGAGCCAAAAUCUAUAAAAUUUAAUUUUAUUCGUUUUAUCUAAUAUACUUGACUUUAUUGUACAUUUUUCUUAAUACAUUUUUCAAAGAUUUUAAUCGUUUUAGAUGUUUCCUAAAGUUAAAUAGGUCUGUUGUGUGUCUUUAAAUUAGGAAGUUCCUUUCCUAUGCCUUUAAAUGUACCUGGCAUUUCUUAUAGCAAGGCAGCUUGGGGAGCAAUUGUAUGUCUACUUCUUUCUUCGUUUUAUCGUUCAUAUACUUUGUUGUGGCUAAUGCCCUAAUAGUAUUCCUUUUAAGCGUAGUAUAUUCUAAAGUUUAGAAGAUACUUAUCAUAUAAGGUAUUCUUCUUUUAUAACACCCAAACAUUUCUGAAUAAUUUAAACCAAAUGUAUAUUUUGUCUAAUUGAAAUAAAAUUAUUAGUUCUUUUAGGUGCUCUGAUGUAUCUGUAUAAUAGCCUAAUAGCGUAAGAGAUUUUAGAAAUAUAUUUUAGUAAAUUUUACAAAAUUUAGUCGGAUAGUUUGGCGAGUACUUGUAAAACUAUAUCAUCUUUUGCAGCAUAAAUAUUUUAAUAAUUUAUAAUAUUUAAUUUAAGAAAAUAUGACGCAAAUUGAUGAUACUUAUAUUGAACCUUGAACUUAUUGUUCUUUGUAAUUAUUUUUAAUAACUUUUUUAAUAAAGUACUUAUUUUUU